AUGAGUAUGUCGGUUCCUGUGGGUCUGCCGGACCUGCUAAAGGUCUUCACGGUGGAGGUUCUGAAGCAGCAGCCAGAAAACCUGCUGGACUUCACUGUUCAGUAUUUUACUCGGCUGAGAGACGAGCGUGAGGAGAAAACGAGUGGAGAGGAGGAGAGCAGACGCACCCUGGGGAGAGGAGAGGAGACUAAUGAAGGUCAAAGUGAUCACAUAAUCACUGAAGAGAAGGAAGAGGAGGAGGAGGGAGAUGGAAUUCCUGAUGAUUUAAACACAUUUAAACCUCCGCCCACCAGCAAGCACAGCCGCAGAGUAGCAGUGUGUGCUGAGUCUUUCAACCCAGAUGAUGAUGAUGAUGAUGAAGAGCUGAAGAUCGUUCACUUUAAAACUGAUCAGCAACGCUACAGACUUCAGGACACCUGCAAGGACAUACUGCUGUUUAAAACUCUGGAAAAGGAGCAGUUCUCCGAGGUGCUGGACGCCAUGUUUGAGGUGACGGUGAAGGCAAACGAGCGCAUCAUAAACCAGGGAGACGACGGAGACAAUUUCUAUAUCAUAGAGAGAGGAGUGUUUGAUAUCGAGGUGGAGAAGGAUGGUGUGAGUCACUGUGUGGGGAAAUACGAUAAUAGAGGCAGUUUUGGUGAGUUGGCGCUCAUGUACAACACUCCGCGAGCUGCAACCAUCAUCGCCGUCCAGCCGGGGGCGCUUUGGGCUCUGGACAGGAAGACAUUUCACAGACUCAUAGUGAAAAAUAACGCCAAGAAGAGGAAAACCUACGAGGCAUCCAUCGAGUGUGUGCCUCUACUGAAAUCACUCGAGUUAUCAGAACGGAUGAAGAUCGUCGACGUUUUAGGAGCAAAAUCCUUCAAAGACGGGGAGCAGAUCAUCAAACAGGGCGACGCAGCUGACUGCUUCUACAUCGUGGAGUCUGGAGUCGUGAAGAUCAUUAUCAAGAGAAAAGUAAAUCACUCACGACAUGCGGAGGUGGAGGUGGAGGUCUCCCGCUGUGUUCGUGGUCAGUAUUUUGGAGAACUGGCACUCGUCACUAACAAACCUCGAGCUGCGUCAGUUUACGCCGUGGGAGAAACUAAGUGUUUAGUGAUCGACAUCCAGGCGUUUGAACGUCUUCUGGGUCCUUGUAAAGAGAUCAUGAAGAGAAACAUUGCUUUGUACAAGGAGCAGUUGAUGGCGCUGUUUGGCUCCAGUGAGGAUCUAAGACACUGAGCCGCUUCAUUCAUCUCCACUCUUUCCGACUUGCCUUUAUCUGAAUCCUCAUUGAACGGCUUUAGCUGUGAAGUUUUAUUAUUUAAUUAUGAAACUGAGGUCACGUCGACUUGACCAGACUUUAAGAGCACAAAUUACACAGACAGUAUUGCAAUAGGAUACAGUGAUUAUGCUAAUAUUCUGCCUUUAUAGUGGUU